GAUUUGGCAGCCAGUGGUACUCAGCCCCUUCUGGAAGGUUCCACUCCAGCCUCUCCUCUGCAGUAGCACCUUUUGUGAUCUGGAGGCAGAAAACAAGGAAGGAUUUGUGGUCUGACGGCAUCGGAGGAGCCGCCAGUGCUUUUGGAAAGGCUGUGACUCAGAGAAGUUGGUGCUGCAGCAGAAACGAGAUAGGCUGCUGUCCCCUUCCUGCUUCCUCUGGAAAACUGUGGAGCCAACCCAAGAGGAAGAAAGAAGAAUGUCCCAAAAACAGCUGAAAGAAGCCUUUAUCAGCAACCUGAACGGAACUAGUUUGCUGGAAAUUUCCGUGGGCUUGUCCCUGCCUCCCCUGUGCCUGCUCUGCAGAGGGCUCCUCCUAAUUCUGUACCACCUGCACUAUGGAAAACCUGUAAGUUCCAGGAAACACAGCCUGCUGCUGGACUUCCUGGUGCUGGUAUCUCCUCUGCUGUUCUCCUGCACGGUCUUGUCUCCAGUCCUCUUUUUCGUGCCAGUUCUCCUCGCCGCCUUCUGCGCCGGAAUAUUUUCCAAAAUAUGCAGCCAGAGAAAACAGGAGACCAGAGUGCCCUUUGGGCAAAUUGUAAAAGAGUUCCAGCAGACACGCUUGGAUCCCGAAUACAUUCCAGCAGUAACCGUGUUCCGUGUCUAUGUCAACGUGCUGACAACCAUCAGCAUUUUGGCCGUGGAUUUCCCGCAGUAUCCCAGGCGAUACGCCAAAGCCGAGACCUACGGCACGGGAGUUAUGGAUCUGGGGGUCGGAGCUUUCAUCUUUGGCAACGCUCUCGUUUGUCCUGAGGUGCGACAGAAGCCUCAUGUGACACAGCCCAAGUUUUCCAACCUGGCCAGGCAGCUCUUUUCCGUUUGGCCCUUGGUUUCCCUCGGCGUGGGGCGACUGCUGAGCGUGAAAUCCAUGGAUUACCACGAACACACGUCGGAGUACGGAGUGCACUGGAAUUUCUUCUUUACCUUGGCUUCCGUGAGACUUGCAGCAUCUCUGCUUUUAGCCAUAUUUCCUAAAAAUAAGUCUUGGAUCGUGGCUCUAACUCUGGCUGCACUUCAUCAGCUCAUUCUCAACACUACCUCUCUGAAGACGUUUCUGCUGCACGGGAGCAGCGGCAGGGACAGCAGGGUUGGAUUUCUGGAUGCCAACAGGGAGGGGCUGCUCUCUCUCGUUGGGUAUUUGGCCACCUACCUGGCGAGUGUCCAGGUGGGGCUGUGGCUGCUGCAGUGCAGGAGCUCAGUGAAGGGCUGGCUCGGGGCACUGCGGGUUCUGGCCCUGACAGUCGUGGUGCUGUUCGUGUCCCUCCACGUGUCCCAGGCGCACGCGGACCCCGUGUCCCGCCGGAUGGCCAACCUCUCCUUCUGCCUGUGGGUCAUCGCCCACUCCCUGAUGUUAUUUGUCUUCUUUGUAGCCACUGAUCUCACCUUGGUGUUCACAAAGCUGCUGGUGAAGGGCUCCAGCGUGCCCUGCAGCUGGAGCGUUGGGAAGCCCCCUAAUUCCAACAAAAAGCUCGGAACAGCGGCCGCGCCGGUGGGAAGGGAAGACGAGCUGCCACAGCCCUGCCUGAUCAGUGCUAUUAACAAAAACCAGCUGCUGUUUUUCUUGCUGGCAAAUGUCAUGACCGGUGCUGUGAAUGUCCUGGUGGAUACAAUCCACAGCAAGGCUGCCUUUGCACUGUGCAUAUUGCACUUGUAUAUGUUUGUUAACUGUUUAAUUAUGACCAUAUUGCACGCCAAAAAUAUAGCAUUAAAGUUUUGGUGAUUCCCACUCUGAGUGGACUAGUUGGACUUUGCUGUAGUUGAAUGGUGGUAUAUGGAAAAAUUAGUAUU